AUGAAGCUGCUUCAGGUUCUCAUUAUUCUGCUGUUUGUGGUACUUGCAGAUGGUAUGCAACCCAAAAAAUGUUUUAACAAUGUAGAAGGCUACUGCAGGAAGAAAUGCAAAUUAAGGGAGAUAUCGGAGGUGGGAUGCCGGCAUGGGAAAUACUGUUGCGUCAAUGAACUGGAAAACAAAAAGCACAAAAUCCUCCAGGAGCCAGCCCAACCCAGCGAGAACUCAAAAGCAGUCCAAGACUAUUUUGUCCUGCCCACCAUCACAUACUUUACCAUCACUAUCUGA